UGUUGGAAGAGUGAGGCACUGGACGUGUGUGGCUUACCACCUUUGCUGCAUGUGGACGCACGUCUUUGGGGAUGGGAAAAUCGCGAGAUACGAUGAGGGUGUUGUUGCGGCUGAAAUAGGAUGAAUAUGGAAAUGUAUAUAUCUCGCUCAUGACGCCCACUGCGGCAUGGCAUGAGGAGUAACGAUUUGGUCAUACUCAACACCACUGAGCACCACAAGAUCGAAACCACGAUGGAGUCAGGAGAAUACGUCCCUGGCAGUGUGUACUUUGACGCCCCCAACAAGGGAGCUGCCAUCUUCUUCGCCAUAGCUUUUGCUUUCUCUGGCUUUUACCACAUCUACCAGUGCAUCCACUACAAGAGCUGGCGCCUAACCGGCCUCUACGUCUUCUGCGCCGUCCUAUUCGCCGGGGGCUUCGUCGGAGCCUUUGACUACACCAACCUCGUCAAGUACAUAGUCAGUGUUUGCCUCAUCUACGGCGCACCGCCCCUCCUGGAGCUCGCAAACUACAACAUACUCGGCAGAAUCCUGUACUAUGCCCCCUACCACUCCCCCAUCCACCCCGGCCGGGUAAUCACCACCUUCGCCUUCAUCUCCGCCGUCAUCGAAGCCCUCAACGGCAACGGCGUCUCCCUAACAGCAAACCAAUCCCUCACCCCCUGGCGCCAAGACAUUGGCCGCGCCCUCCUCAAAGGAUCCCUCCUCAUCCAAGUCUUCGUCAUCACCCUCUUCAUCCUCCUAGCAGCCAUCUUCCACCGCCGCUGUUAUAAGUCAGGGAUGCGCAACGCCAAACUCUGCAACCCGCUCUACACGCUAUACAUCUCCACCGCGUUGCUCUUUGCAAGGACAAUCUUCCGGGUGGUGGAGUACUGGUCCAUCGCUGAGCAUGAUUACUGGAAGCCGGGGUUUGAUCCCAAGAGUUUGAGCCAGGCGAUCAGAUAUGAGAGUUUUUCUUGUGUUUGAGGCGAUGCUGAUGUUGAUUAAUCAUGUGCUGCUGAAUGUAAGGCAUCCGAGGAUGCGGCUGCCAAAGAGCACAAAGACGUACUUGUCUAGGGCGGAUGGGGCGACGGAGAUUGACGGGCCGGGGUAUAAGGACGGGAGCGUUUUGGGUGACGCUUGUUGAUCCUUUUGAUGUGCAUGGGUUGUUGGGUGGGAGGAAGAAGGGUGGUGACUUUCGGGAUGGGGAUGGGGAACAACGGACGGGGAAGGAUGGGUGUUGAUGGUUUGGAAUUGUUUUGGUCAGGACGAGCGGUGAAGGGAAGGAAGGCAAACACUUCUAAUCGCUGGUGAGAGGUUCGGUCCGGUGUCUUAGGAUUCUCCGUUGGCGUACGGCGUCAAGAUGCUUGUUUGCCUGUUUCUUCAAGGGGAACCGAGAUCCGAUCGUAUAAUGCGGUGAGCGGUGAGGCGCCGACGGGGAAGAGGCGGUUUCAGAAGCCUCAAAGGAAUCCGCCAGAUGAGUGUGUAGUUUUUAUGGUCUUUUUCUAGAAGCCACUGCGGUCAUAGGGUGGGGUUGAGGGCGGCUUGGUCCCUCGGAAGGAUGUAUAGACUUUUUGAACGUGCACAAGUCAUCGUGUUGAGCAUUGAUUUCGAA